AUGUUUCCAUCCAAUUUAAAUGAAAAAAUAAGUCCAGAGGAAUUGCAGAGUUUAUAUAAACAAAGUUUGGACGUUUUAAGGGCAGGAGAAUUACGAACCUUGAAGAAUGAUGCUAAAUUACGCGCGGUGCAUUACACAAAAACUUAUACGGAAUUUAAAGAUAUUGUAGAUGCUGCUCACUUAGAGCCCAUAACGAAACAAGACAAAAUGAACGGUAAAACUAAAAGCCACUUAUGGAAUAACGUAGCACGCGAAGCAGAUUUUUAG